ACUGCUUGAGAUGUCUGUCUGUCUAAUGAGACCGGCGACGCGUUCUCUUGAUUUUUUUUUUUUCGCUCGAGCCAGCCCAAAAUUCGUUUGUUCUAAGCUCUCUCACCGAUCAGGGCAGGGCAGAGCAGAGCUCGUAGAAAGACGAAAUACGGGUCAUGUCGGGAGCCCUGGAUGCGCACUACGAUGUCGUCCUCAUCGGUACCUCGCUGCCCAAUGCCAUACUCUCUGCUGCCCUGUCUCGAUCGGGGUACAAGGUGUUGCACAUCGACGAAGCAGAUCACUACGGCGGGCCCUGGGCGAGCUUGACGCUACAGGAGCUCCUCGACUGGUCCCGGUCCUCGUCCUCGUCCUCCUCUACGUCCGCCUUGGAUAGCGGCACCAUCCGGGAUGUCGACCUUUCCUUCCCCGCAUACCCCUCUGUCGACGCCGGCUCGCUUCCCGCCGAGCUGCAGCGGCUCAACAGGCACUUUAGCCUCUCGCUCGCACCGGCCCUGUUGCCGUGCAAGGGACCCACGAUUGACGUCCUCGUGCGGUCCAAAGUGGCCAGCUACUGCACUUUCCGCCUCCUCGAGCGCACGUCCGUCUAUCACGCCACCCCCUCGUCGUCGUCAUUGCCAAGCGCAGAGGUGGAGGGUUGGCCGCUGAGGAAGGUGCCUAGCUCCAAGGAAGACAUAUUCAAGGACAAGACGAUGAAGCUGGCCGACAAGCGGAGACUGAUGAAGCUCCUCCAGGCUGCCGCUUCUUCCACCUCGACUGUAGCGGAGCAGCAAGAGGACGGAGAUGGGACACGAGACGAGUCGUUUCUGCACUAUCUGACCGACGAGGCGAAGCUUUCGAUGGACCUUGCGCGGGAUGUUGCGUAUGGGGUUGCUCUCUGCUCCUCUUCAAAAGACUCAAAAGCGGCGUCGAUGGAGCGCAUCAAGACGCACAUUGACAGCGUAGGCCGCUACGGCAACUCGGCCUAUCUCGUCGGACAGUACGGUGGCGCGGGCGAGAUGGCCCAGUGCUUCUGUCGGGCCGCGGCGGUGCAGGGUGCGACAUUUGUGCUGAGCCACCGCAUCGAACGGCUGGAAAAGGACGAAGGUCCGCGCAGCUGGAAGCUGAAGCUGGAAGGGGUCGAUGGCGAGACAUCUUCGGACUUCGUUGUGGGCGACGCCGACUGCUUGCGUCAGCGACUGCCCAGGAAGGGCGCGGCGGCGAGGAGAGGAAAGAAAGGAAGAACGAUAAUGAAGGGAGUCUUGGUACUCGAUCGUUCGAUUCCGUUUGACGACCCGUCUUCUUCCUCCGCCUCGUUCACGGCUGCAGGGGAGGAGCAAGUCCAGGAGGGAGGAGAGGGGGAAGAAGGAGGCGUAAGCCCCUCGGAAGGUGCACCAGAAAAGCAGAAACUAACGCCGCCAGAGACGGCUCUGAUCGUCUUUCCUCCCUCUGAGGAGAGUGGGCCCAACUCCAGCGCCGUCACGGCUCUGCAAAUGGGAGAGGGCACAUUCAGCUGCCCAAAGGGCACAUAUGUCGUCUACUUGUCCUCUCCUCUGUCGCACGACACAGAUGGCGAGACUGGAGCGACAGACCCCAAGACAUUCUUCCAGCCAUAUCGGAAUAUCUUGCUGCGCCUCGCUGGCAGGAACUCCCAGGAGUUCGAGUCGAAAGAACGCCAACAAGAUGAGGGGUUGAAGCCCUUGAUGGAGCUUUACUAUUCUCAAGUCGAGGAGGAAGGGGAAGACAGCGAUGCGGGCGAGAUGGGAGAGGAAAAGAAGGAGGAAGAGAGCAUCAUUCGAGUUCCUUUCCCGCCACAGCUCUCCGAGUCAACAUUGGCGUCAGGAAUCAGCAGCAGCAGCAGCAGCAGCAGCAACAACAACCUCGUCGGGUCGCUGGAUCUCGCGUCUCGACAGGCUGAAGAGAUAUUUUGGGACAUGAUGGUCUCGCUCUCGCGGGAGAGUCCUUCGUCCGGUGGGAAACAGACGAGGGAGCAAAGGCACGCCGCGGCCCAGGAUCUUCGGCAGAGGACGGCAGAGGCCAACCGCAGGCAGAGGAAAAUGACGUACGCAGUGGGACAAGGCCUGGGUGGCGUUGUCGAGGCGACGGAGGCUGAGGGCAAGCAGGACGACCCAGUCGUUGUGGACUUCUUUCCAAUCGAGGAAGAUGGGGACGAAGAGACAGACGAGUAAGAAGAGGAGUAAAGAGAGAAUAACAUGUGCAAUAUUAACGUUCAGCCAAGGUGUCUGGUAAAGCUUA